AAGUCAGUCGCUAUCCAGUUGUUGUACUGCACACAAUGCACUCGACCAGUCGUCUUCGUCCUUCGUAGUUUUUGUUCCCGAGUUAAAAUAAAUAAAAUAAAGAGGCAAAGAGAAACGACAGUUUGUGCUGAGGGACAUCUCGUGUUUAGGACGCAGCAGAUUCACCUGUCUGAUGGGAAUGAUUCGCGCAGGGUUCGCACGAGUCUCUUUCUCUGCUCUUUUCGUCGCUGUGAUUUUCGCCUUCUGUUUGGUGUGCUUUCUCCUACAAGACGCUUUCAUUUACACGCAGCCGCAUCAUCGAAUUUUUCGGCUGGGCAAUAGCCUUUUGUCCGAUGGAAAUGAUGUGGCUAUUCCAGUUGAGAAAGUGGAGGAGACAACAAAAAUAAGCGUGGUUUCUUCAAACAGCCUAAUCAAAGGUAAUGGAGUGCGUAGCAAGGGCGCCGAUUUGUUCCAGAAAGAGCGCAUUCUGUGCUGGAUUAUGACGUCACCCGACAAUCACAAAAAGAGAGCCAUGGCAGUCAAAAAUACUUGGGGAAAACGUUGCAAUGUUCUACUUUUUAUGAGUUCAGAAGAAGAUCCCAGUCUGCCGACCAUCAAAUUGCCUAUAAUCGAAGGGCGGGACCAACUUUGGGGUAAAACGAGAGAAGCAUUUCGCCAUAUAUGGAAUCACUAUCGAGAUCAAGCUGAUUGGUUUUUCAAAGCCGACGACGACACGUACGCCAUUCUGGAAAAUAUGCGUUAUUUUCUUUCAGCUUACAACACAUCGAAACCCUUGUGGUUUGGACAUAAAUUCAAGACCAUAGUGAAACAAGGCUACUUUAGCGGUGGCGCAGGAUACGUCCUUAGCAAAGAAGCUACUAGACGGUUCGUCGAAGAAGGCUAUUUUAACGUGCUACUCUGUCGACACGAUCACGAGGGAGCGGAGGACGCAGAAAUGGGAAAAUGUAUGAGUCGACUGAAUGUGUCGGCCAUGGACACGAGAGACGCCAAAGGCAGAGGAAGAUUUUUCCCGUUUUUUCCCGAACAACACAUUUUCCCUGGGAAAGUAACAAAGGACUACUGGUAUUGGCAAUCCAUUUACUACCCCGCACAAGAGGGAUUGGAAUGUUGUUCGGACAGUGCCAUCUCUUUCCACUAUGUAAAGCCCGAACAGAUGUACCUCCUCGAAUAUCUUAUUUAUCGGUUAAGGCCGUUCGGAUUGGAGCCAGAAGACCGGCCAGCAACUCCAGAUCCAUCGCCAGACUUGGAUUUGACUGCGACGCCUUGGUAUGUUUCCGAAAAGCAAUUCGAGGGCAAUUCGGCUGGAGGUGAAGUAGUCCACAGCAGUACGAGUGCCACCCCCACACUGAAAAGUAACAGAUAUACCAUGAAAAAUUACACAGAACGACUCAAUGAGCUUAUCAAAAGAACAGAAAGGGCAAGAAAAUUGAAAAUAACAUAAUAUAGACUGCAGUCAUUCGCUUGAUUUGUUUCCAAAUAACUAUAUUACCGUGAUUAUAAUACAUUAAUC